AUGACCGAUAUUAAUAAUUAUGAUGAUUUCAAUUUUGAUGAUUCAUCCGAUGAUCUCUUAUAUGAGAUUGGACUCACAAUGGAUAACAGUAAUCAAGUGAUUGCAGAAGAAAAAUGUCUAUCUCAAAAACUUAGUCAACUAUCAACUUCAGAAGAUGAUCGAAAACAAAUAAAUGAAAGCAAACGAUCGCCACCAUCACCAUCAACAUCAACAAUCGUAUCUACAGUGUCCAAAAAAAUAAAAGUCGAUCAUGAUUAUCAACAAGAAAACAAUAGUGACGAUGAUAUAGUUGAAGAAAUUAUACCGAAUUAUUUAUUAAUCAAUAAUUCUCACUUUCAACAAUUAUUUCAUGCUCUAACAUCUACCACAGCUACUUCUCUUACUAUAGAAGGUAUACAAGAAAUUGCUCUACUUUUACGUCAAAUCACUAUUCUUAAUUUACAAAGAUCACUUUGGAAUAUUUAUUUACAAUCAGGUAUUGGUAAAUUAGAAACAGAUUUUCAUCAAUCAAUAAUUCCGAAUGAGUCUGUAUUCUUAUGGCCAUCAGAAGUGAAGUCAACAUUAUCCAUGAAGAAUAAAAAACAACAACAACAACAACAAAACGAGUUGACUACAAUUAAUCAUAAUACUUGUCUCAAGUAUGUGAAUAAAAUGCUCGAUCAAUACAUGAAUCAUCUUAUCGAUUAUGAAAAGAAAUUAAAGAAUAAAAACUUUCGUCCAAAUAAUUUAUUUACAUUACAAAUCAAGGAUGAUCUUAUGCAAUAUAUUGAACAACAAGAGAUAAGAAUGAUACGAAUUGAAAUCGAAAGUAAAAUUGCUAUUGUUAAAUAUGAUUAUCAAGAUCAUUUAAUCGAAUGGGAAUAUAAUCAAUUAAUACCAAAUUCAUAUCAACUACAAUUAUGGAAAAAUAUCAUUCAAUUGAAACAAGAAAAAGAAAAGAGUAAAUAUGAAGUAACCUUAUUGAAACAACGUCGUCUCCAUCACCAUUUACCUGCGCCAUUAAAAUCAUUACAAUUACCACUUCUCUCAACAUUAUCAAUUGAUACAAUCCAUGAUUUGAAGAUUCGUGAACAUCUAAUGAAUCGUUAUAGAAAAAUUAAUGAAGAAACGAAAUCAGAAAUGAUGACAUUAUAUAUUCAUAUUGCUGAAGCAAAAAUGAAUGAAAAUCUAAUAAAGUUCAAUGAGAAUAUUGCUCAAAUAAGAUCUAAUCAACAACUGACUCAAUCAAUGAUGAAUAUUAUUGAACGACGUUUCAAAAAUAUAGAUGAACGCUUUGAAUAUUUAUAUCAAUUAAAAGUUCGUGCUCUUGAACGUCAAAACAAAACUUUAUCAAAUAGAAAGAUAUAA